CUACUUGAUACCUUGCAUACUUUGCUCUUUUGAUUUUAUAUACACUUGAUCCAACUCAACUCAAACAAAACCUAAACAAUAAUGAGUCAACCCACAAAUAACGUUUCCAUGCCAACUAUCGAAACAUACUCUGCUCCUCAAGCCAUGAGCACCACAGAAAAUAAAGAGACUAUUGGAAAAAAUUCAGCUGAAGAAUUAGCCAAGGAAGAUGAUUCCAGUUUCUUCUCCAUGUUAAGACUUAAUGGUGGUGGAUGCUGCAAGGGAUUCUUUGCUGGCUUGUGUUGUUGUUGUGUUGCUGAUGCUGUUUGUUAAAGCACUUUAUUUCCUUUAGUAUUCCUUAUUAUUCUAUCUACUUCUUGCAUAUUAUUCAUUGACUUAUACCAUGUAUUAUGAAAACUUAAUUUCGAUCUCAUUUUGAUUAUUCUUUAUAAAGAAAUGCGAAGAAUUGCCCACAUGUAUUGGCAAUCUUCCGUUUUGCCAUCCU